AUGUACAAUGUAAGGAUUCAUACAGUUUUUAGCUUGACAAACGCUAGGGUUUCCUGCUACCGUUGACUUCCAAUUUCUUCCGUUGCAAGUUCUCAAAAACUGUUCUCAUCUGUUGCUCAAGAGGAAACGAAAUACGUUCUAUCUCAGCCUCUAAGCUCUCUAAUUGGGCGAAAUCGUUGCUUUUAUAAUACAUUCGACUGAGCUGCACGAGUAAUCGAUUUAAAGCUACCGUAGACGCUCGGUCUUGCUGGCAAAGACCGGUGAAGAGUCCCCGAAGCACAUCAGGCCUGUUGUUUUCUGUCGCUCGUCUAAUGAAGUAAUCCAGUUUCCCCUGAGAUAUCUUCAGCUGAGGCGUCGAUUUUUCCACAGUUCUUGCAUGACGUCAAAGUUCUUUUCCGACAGAGCAGCCGAAAAGGCGGUGGAAAACAUUUGACUUGCUAGAUCGUAUAUGCGCGACGAUGGCUUAUUUGCAGACUCUUUGAUCAGAUGUAAAUGACGAUCAACGUGUUUAUAAUUGAUUGGCUUUUCAGAGCUUAUUUUCUUCAGAAUCACUUCAUGAAUAGCGUUCACCACAGCUGGUUUGUGAUCAGCGCUUGCUUUAAUGUGAGCCAUUUCCUCUUCAAGCGCCUCGAGAUCACUUUCGAGCCAUCUCGCGUACGUCUGGCUCUUCUUCCUAAGCCUCUCCAACAGUUCUGCCUUUUCCUUUUGUCCUUUUUCGAUCAGUAAUUUCUUACCGUCUGCUAUGUCUUCGGGUGAAAAGCGUACACGUUGCUCUUUCUCAAGAUAACCGACUAGCAUACGAGCUCUACUGACUGGAAGAAGUUCGGAUUGAAGUUGUGCGAUAACAUAUUUCGCUGCGACCGGCGACUUUACUUUAGAGUUUUCCGGAGGGAAAUUGAGGGCAAGAAGACGUGCAGCUAGGGCUAACUGCCGCUCAUCAGCUGCUCCUUCUUUCUUUUCACGAUUCACCACAAACCCAGCAAUUUGCUUCUGAACACGGCUUAUACUCAGUGACUGUACCGCACCACUGUCCAAUAACUUUUCAAGCUUCUCCUCAGCCAGUGGAUCACCUUUCCUAAGUAACUGUUGAACUAAGGCAGUUGCAUAUUCUUUACGAACAUGGGCAGAUUUGAGACUUUCGAGAGCAGGAAUAGCAAGGUCAACAUCUUUUCCGCCGAGCACAUAAAUGACUGGAUACAUAGACAUCACGUCCUGCACAGUUCGUUGACUAUCAUAUGA